UUUUCUGGGAACAUCGAACAGACCCUGAACCCUGUAACUCCUCUGACUCCCCAGUCCCAGGAGCAGGGACACCCAAUCAAUGCCUCCCACACAGGCUGGGGAGCCCACGGCCGAGCCAGCCCUCCUAUCACGUCUCUUGGACAAAAAGUAUUGAAAAAACACCCGGAGACGAAGGAAAUGCUGUGGGAGCAUCGGGAGCCGCAGGAAAGCCUCAGAGGAUUCACGUGGCAUGUAAGGAUGACAGACUCAGGAGGGCCCCAGAGGCGCACCCUUUGCUUUCUAUCUACGUUGCUUUCCCAGAAGGUUCCUGAGAAGUCAGACGCCGUGCUGCGCUGCAUAAUAUCUGGUCAACCAAAGCCAGAAGUAACUUGGUAUAAGAAUGGUCGAGCCAUAGACGACUGUGACAUUGUUUCCAGUUAUGAAUUCUUCCAGAAUCAGUACAUUCACGUGUUGCAUCUCUAUCACUGUACCCCAGGUGACGCUGCCGUUUAUCAAAUCUCUGCUAAAAACUGCUCUGGAAUGAUCUGCUGUUCUGCCUCCAUUGAAGUCAAGUGCUCAGCAGAGAACCCACAGUCCUCUCCUGGCCCAAAAGAUGGCGGGGACACAGGUUGGAAACAUGCACGAGAGUCAAGCAUGCAAGGCAAAACACACCAACCUGAUGAGAAUGCACAUCCUCGUGGGGGUGAAGAAAGUGACUCCUCAGGUUGUCCCGUCUCUGCUGACCUCCCCUCCUCCGGAUUCAGCUCACCCCAGUUGUUGGCCAAUAAUGACACUGAGGCAGCCAGUUCUGAAAAUCCCUUGGAUGUUAAAGGAGCAAGGCUCAUGGAAGAUCCCGACAGCACAGAGGAAGUUGCAGAUGGGUGGCUUUCUUCUACAUCAAGUAAUACUCCUGACAAAAAACCUGUGUGUUGCCACAGGACAGUGCAUUGCAAAGGGUCAAGGCCAAUCGAUGGUGCCUUAAACAGCAAAGGCCCUAAUGAGGACGUCUUAAACUCCGGCCAUCCGAACCCCAGAGUGCAGAAAUACAUUAGCUUCAGCCUGCCGCUGUCGGAGGGCGCCACAUCCGUUUGCCCAGGUGACAGGGCCACGACCAACCAGCAUGUCAGCCCACAGGUGUCCAGCGAAGACUCUGACAGUGACUAUGAACUUUGCCCAGAGAUAACCCUAACCUGCACCGAGGAGUUUUCAGAUGAUGACCUAGAGUAUCUGGAAUGUUCCGACGUUAUGACGGAUUACUCUAAUGCAGUUUGGCAAAGGAACCUGCAGGGGACUGGGCAGGUUUUUUUAUUAGAAAGGAAUGACGAAGAGAUGGAAUUCAGUUCGUGUUGCCUGGGUGGGUGUGAGCAUUUCCUCAGUGAAACGGGUUAUGGGCUUCGGAUGUCAGAUGACGCGGGGCCUAUGGAGGCCACCACUGGCUUCUGUGGUGAUCACUCACAACCCCAAGAAGUAGGGGUGAGGAGCAGCCAAGCCUCCACCCACAGUCCCUCAUCCCUGCAAACGGGGAUGAUUCUGACUUUGGGGCCUCGUCGGGAUGUCACGGCUGCAGUGACAGACCAGGCGAGAGAUAAACUACCCAGUGCUUCGGAGGCUGCUGAAAAUGAUUAUCCAGGAAUUCAAAGAGAAACCAGAGACAGCCACCAGGCAGGAGAGGAAUUCACCAGUGACAAUCUGCUAAACAUGGAUAAAGCAGCGACAGAGACCGCGAUGAAGCACUUGUCUGGUGCGUUGAGAGAGUCAGGGGUGGACCAGUGGCUGGAGACUGCGGCCGAGAAGAAAGCAGGGGACGGGGCUUCACUGAGCAACAGGGGCCGCGAGACACCUGUCCGGGUGAGGUGGCCAGGAACUAAAGGAAACCCCAAGAAGCCGAGCCCCACCUUGGAAGAAAGCACAACAGAACGCGCCCUUAGUCUCCUCUGUCCCAAAGAGCCCGCUAAGCACCCAUUAACCCAGAGUGAUAAAAGAGAUGGUCUUCAUGCCAAAGCAGGAGCUGUUGAUUGGAAUUUCCAGUUCUGGGCAGGAGAAUGUGCUCUUCCACCCCAAGCGGAGCGAGAGGCAAAACCCCUGCAGAUUCCCCGGGGCUCAGCCCCCCAAGGAGGGAGCUCGAACCUUGAGGAAGAAGGCGUGUUGGCCAAUCACCUAUUUGAAAUAAGCAGGGUUCCUGACUGCAGUACUCAUCCUCAGGAAAGAAACGGAAUCUUCAGUGCUGACACAGUGAGCCAUCUAUAUGAAGGACAGAAAUCCAGUGGAUCCCAGAUGAACUCCAGAGGAAUCUCGGAGGUGCAUAUUCAGGAACUGGUCAGGGGGAGAGACUCUCUCGGCCAGAUGCCAGCUUCCCCAGAGCCUGCUGGGAAGCCAUCUGCGCUUGCUGGGACCACAACAAAUUCCUUCCCCAACUCAGGAGGGAUCGACGAAGAAUACGCAUCACUGGGCCAAUUCCUGGAGCUGGAAAGCUAUACUCGAUGCCCCCAGCAUGGAGAAAACCAAGAUGGAAAAGACCACGCACUUGGAAGUUCCUGGGAAGACCUUGGACAUGACCUGAGCGUCCCAGAUGCCAAUAAUGAAAAUAGGUCUCUUGGGGAGCUGUCAGUGCUUCUCCCCCAGGAGGGCAGCCCUUACCCCGGGGAGCCCAAGCCUCUCUCUGUUGCUUCCCCUGAACCCACAGAUACCAUUCCCACCCCGGAAACUACACAUGGUGGGCCAAGGGGCAGAGAGGCAGCGUGCGUGUUGGAGCAUCUGGAAGCGUGUGGCCAAGGAACAUGGGACACCGUGGGUUCCCCUGCUGCAGAGUCCGGUGAUAAAUAUUGGCCUCACGAUAUUUGCUCCAUGGACUUAGAGUUGGCAAAAAGUCAAGGUGAAGUAUCUGAUUUACAUUCUCCCUAUGACAUUCUUUUUCAAACGCAAGGUUCUGAGCCUCCGCAGCCGCCAUGCGAGAGCGCCAAGGAGCGAAACUCCGCCACACCCUGUCUUUUUACUAGUACUUUCACCUGGAACAUUUCACAAAAAGCCAGUGAAGGUGGCACAGAGGAAAAAUUAGCGGCAGUGGAGAAUUUCGCCCCCACAUUGGUCUCCAUGGGACAGGCUGGCCAGGAGAGGCCGAGCCCUGGCAACUCAGGAGGGCCUGAGGGAAGACAGCCUCUGGGUUCUGAGAACAGCUCUUUUGUGCAGUUUCCAGAAGGAGGUAAGGAGAGCCCCAGUAACAGUGCCCCAGGCACUGUAGACACACCGGCCAGGGAUGGUUCAGUUGUGAUGUUUCCUCAGGAGAAGCCAAUGACUGUAACCGCUACUCUGGAGGGUCUUCAGGUGACCAGGGAGAGUGGGGACAUGUCACCUGGAACCGUGGCCACCAAAGUCCACCCAGCCAAAUACCUCCCUGUCUCAACUGCUGAGAACAGUCAUGCAGACGGUCCCAAGGAGAGCUCGCCUCAGGCACCAGAUGAACAUACUUUCCAGCUUACUUCCCAUGCUCUGUUGGGUCAUAUUUUAAAUGAUUCCCCAACCGAAUCUCUACAGGAGCCCUUUGGCAUGGCUCCCAGUGGACCAGGAUUCCACAGCCACGUUCCCUGGUUCCCAGAGGAACUCUGUAGUAGCUGCCCUCUCCAGACUGAUAACCAGUCUGGAGAUAAAGGUCUGACUGUGGACAGGACAGACAAUAGGAGCCUUGAAGAGCAUUUCCAAGAAAAAGAAAGUGAAACAACUCAGAGGAUCCAGGAGGAGAGCUUAUCCCAACAGAGUCUUGCUUCCAAAGAUGAUUUCCCAGAAAGUUGGUCCAUGACAUCUUUUGCCCAAGGGGAAAUAAACCCAGUGCCCUGGGACCACUUAUCAGCCAACUCCAGGGAGGAGAGAGGGCAGAGCUCAGGCCUGGGGACUAGUGUGUGCAAGGGGGCUGAAGUCACCAGGGAAGAUGGUGGUCAGGCUCUGAGCCACACUCUGCCUCUCUCUGAUAUCUUCCUGGAAGGGUCUAGAGAGAGCGGGCCAGGACUUUGGAAAGCAGGCAGCAAGCUGAAGAUCAUAACUCUGGAUGCUCCUGUUUCGGAAGUCUGGCUACCAAGACAUCACACAGGUUCUGAGUGCCAGGAGGUGGAAGCCCGUCCCAUAAUUCCUGACAGGGCCUGGGCUCUCCCGGACAUUCUCGAGGCUCCCAGUCCUCAGGCUGAGUCUGACCCAGCCCUUGCUAAUAACAGAGAAACUCACAUACGUGAAAAACCCACCAGCCAUGCAUAUUGGAGUAGCCUUUCUUCCCAGUAUUUGAACCAACGCAGAUUUCUGGAGUCGUCUGUGGAUCCUGUAGAUGAAAAAGAAUCACACGUCGCAGAUCUGUUACCAGAGGUUUCCAAAACCAAAGAGAAGGAAAAUGUGAGUAUUGUGAGUCAGCACCGAGAGGAGAACCCAAUCGAGGUGGGUCACACUGCCUUCUUUAAACAGUUUCUGACUGGCCCUAACGUUGUAGAGUCGUCUGUAGACCCCACCGAUGAAACAGGUGGGGUGAUGCACACCGGGGCUGACACACCAGGGCUUUCCAAAUCCACACCGGCUGCCAUCACAGAGGAGAGUCAAGCGAACGAUGGGAACAUGGGCCAGAGACUGGAAGUCCAGCCUGCCAUCUUGCAAGUCCCACAUCCUGACAAAGGUAGGGAGACCAUUCCAAGCGGAUGUGGAGUAAGUCAAGUACAAGAAGGCAACGGGAGAAGCUUAGGGGAGGCUGAACAAAGUAAAGACAGCCACGCAGAACCUGUUUUCUCCACUCCGCCUCUUUCUAACUGUCUUGCCGUAAUGACUCAUGCAUCUGUUGGCGUCGAUAGUCACAACUCUGCAGGUCAAGUUCAUGACGUCCCUGAGAAUGAUUUAGUUGAGCCCCAAAACCACCAAUACACAUUUUCUGACUCAAAGGAAAGGGGAGCUAUUGAGAGUGAGUGUGGGAAACCUUCACCCUCUUCUAGUGGUCUCUCUCCAUUAACCUUUGCUUCAUCUCCCGAAGGAAACAUUUCAAACCUUUCAGUAAGCCACACCAUCCAGGAACCUCAAAGAGAGGAGCCCCGCACGGGGGAAACCAAGCCUGUGAGUGCAUCUGGGUCCCCGGCAGUGACCUUGGCGUCCGUUUCAGGUGAAUGUGCCUCAGAGAAAACUCCGGAGACACUAGAGUGGGCGCCCGGCCUGGGCUGUGGGCAAAGAACCAGGGACCAGAAGCUCGGUCACACGGCAGCCCAGACCCUCAAUUUCCCAAAGGCCCCCCCUGCAAUGAAUGUGUCAGAGGAGGUCACGGAGCAAGAAACCUCAGGGAGCGGACACUUAGCUGAGGGGGUAAAGAAGAAAAUUCUGUCCAGGGUGGCCGCCCUGAGGCUGAGUUUGGAAGAGAAGGAAAACGUCCUAAAGGGUUCAGGCUUUCUUAAAAAGAUUCCUAAACUCGAAACACCUGCAUCACGCACGGAGGAGAAAAGGGACACCAAAAAGCCACCUUGCAAAAGAGAAGGGAAAGCUCCAGUGUUACUAAAAAAGAUCCAAGCUGAGAUGUUCCCUGAUCAAUCCGGGAGUGUAAAGUUAAGCUGCCAAUUUGCAGAAAUUCAUGAAGAUUCUACAGUCUGGUGGACGAAGGAUUCCAAGUCAAUAGCCCAAGUGCAGAGAAGUGCCGGCGACAACUCUGCUGUGUCCUUGGCCAUCGCCCAAGCCGGUCAGAAGGACCAGGGCAUCUAUUGUUGCUCCAUCAAGAAUGGUUACGGCAAAGCGACCACUGAGUUUAGCCUCACCGCUGAUGUUCUGAAACAACUCGCCAGCCACCAGGAUAUUAAAGGAUGUGAAGAGAUUGAAUUCAGCCAGCUCAUCUUCAGAGAAGACUUCCUCAGUGACAGCUACUUUGGGGACCACCUGCGAGGUCAGAUCGCCACGGAGGAGCUGCACUUUGGAGAAGGCGUCCACCGGAAAGCCUUCCGCAGCAAAGUGAUGCAGGGCCUCAUGCCUGUCUUCCAGCCCGGCCAUGCCUGCGUGCUCAAGGUGCACAACGCUGUCGCCUACGGGACCAGAAAGAACGAUGAACUCAUCCAGAGGAACUACAAACUCGCUGCCCAGGAAUGCUAUGUCCAAAAUACUGCCAGGCACUAUGCCAAGAUCUAUGCUGCUGAAGCUCAGCCUCUGGAAGGCUUUGGAGAAGUGCCAGAGAUAAUCCCUAUUUUUCUUAUCCACCGGCCGGAGAACAACAUCCCUUACGCCACCGUGGAGGAGGAGCUGAUUGGAGAAUUUGUGAAGUACUCCAUCAGAGACGGGAAGGAAAUAAACUUCCGGAGAAGAGAAUCGGAGGCUGGUCAGAAGUGUUGCACCUUCCAGCACUGGGUGUACCAGAGGACCAGCGGCUGCCUCCUGGUCACGGACAUGCAGGGUGUGGGAAUGAAGUUAACUGACGUUGGCAUAGCAACACUGGCUAAAGGGUACAAAGGAUUUAAAGGCAACUGCUCCAUGACCUUCAUCGAUCAGUUUAAAGCACUGCACCAGUGUAACAAGUAUUGUAAGAUGCUGGGGCUCAAGUCACUUCAGAACAACAGCCAGAAACAAAAGAAGCCAACUGCCAGUAAAAACAGAACUCAGCCAAACUCCACAGCCGUAAGGAAGAUGGCGCCCGGGAGCCCAGCGGCAAAGCAAACCUCGCGUCCCCUGUGAGCCAGCGGCCAGCGGCGCGUCGUCUUGUGGACACACAGAGUCUGAAAACACUUGAGAGAGAACACGUAGCCUACAGAAUAGUGGUGACAGUCCUAUUUCCAGCUGCUCGUGCCCCACGCUGCUCCCAAACUCUCACCUGCUGUCUUCCCCGAGAUGGUUUCGGAGCAGGAUUUGUGACCAGAUGUCCGGAGAGAUGGAGUCAGCUGUCACUCCCAAAGACAGUCCAUCUGUGUCUCCACUGUUAGCGUUUUCACCAAGUUCACGUUAUUUGUCUACUUGUGUGUUUGCACGUGGUCGUGUUGUCAGGGGCUUGGUGCUGAGCAGGGUCUGUCCGAAGUCCCCACCCUCCCCAGCCCCAUUCCUGACCUUGAGAUUUCUAGAUGCCUCCAGCUGCUGUAUAAACAGAAAACGUGAAUUCCUUCA